ACCGCCAUCUACCGGUGGAAUCGGAGCGGAACAUCUGUGAACGCGCCACUCGCCGCCGCCUGUGUUGUUUCCAGAGAGCUCCAUCCAUCAUGGCGAUGCACGCCAAAGCGACCCCGCCACAAAUCCCAGACACCCGCCGGGAGCUGGCGGAACUGGUGAAGAGGAAACAGGAGCUCGCUGAGACGCUGGUGAACCUGGAGAGGCAGAUUUAUGCGUUUGAGGGCAGCUACCUGGAAGACACUCAGAUGUACGGCAACAUCAUCAGAGGGUGGGACCGGUACCUCACCAACCAGAAGAACUCCAACAGUAAGACUGACAGAAGGAACCGCAAAUUCAAAGAAGCAGAGCGUUUAUUCAGCAAGUCGUCCGUCACAUCUGUUGCAGCGGUGUGCGCGCUCGGAGGGAUACCGGACCACAUGAAUGACAAGCGUGAGGCCGGCAGCGGCACAGAAAGCGACACGUCUCCGGAUCUUCAGAACCAAGAAAACGAGCCCAGCCAGGAGGACACGGAGGACGUGGACUCGACGCUGCAGGACCUGAAGCCACAGAAGGCUGCCUCCUCCUCCUCCUCAGGCAGCCAUCAUGGGAGCCACAAGAAGAGGAAGAACAAGAACAGACACAGCCCUUCAGCCAUGUUUGAUUAUGACUUUGAGUUUGACAUGAAGGUGAACAAGAAACCCCGAGCUGAUUAUUCCACCUGAAGAACCCCGAGGACUCAGACCUCUCUGGACUCCGUUUGCCUUUCUGUUGUCAUGUUCCACCUGUCCUAUGUGUAUUACUGAGACAUUCCCCUCGACACCCACCUUCGGUUCUGGUUCUCGACACCCACCUUCGGUUCUGGUUCUCGACACCCACCUUCGGUUCUGGUUCUGACCGGAUCAGCACACCUGCGGCCUGAUUGGCUGAAGCGACACAUCUUGUAAAGCGUGAAAACUGAACUGUAUUUAUUGUGUAGCUGAUUUUCAUGUUUCCCGUGGAAAGGAAGUUUUUGUUAAGCGUGGUUGGAUCCUUUUAUGACGCUUUGUUUUACAGAAAACUAAUAAAAUGGCCUGACGUUGA